AUGAAUCAGCUGGCGAAUGAAGUGACACGGCAACGAUCAACAACAAAGUGCUGGCGAUUAUUGAACGAUCAAAAUUUGUUGACCUUAGAGACCUUGAAAAACCUGAGUUCAGAAACAGUUUUUCUUAUUUUCCCAGAUUACUGUGAAGUACUUCUUAUCUGCUUAGUUCCGUGGCGGCGUAGCGGUGCUGGCGAGUUUAGACAACGAACAUUCGAAUACAGGCAGUUUGUGGGCGUUGCACUUUUGCGGAGAUGGCGAGUGGAUGAAGGAGCCGUAACUAUCGCCCGCCAAUUAAGUCAAGUGAAUAAAUGUGUCAGCUACAGCUUUAUGUUCAUUUUCACGGCUUUUCUCCUGACGUCGCAUGUACGAUUAAAGAAUCAGAAGUUUGUAGCACUGAAACCGAACCAUGAACGACUUGGGAAUCAGCUGUAUCAACUGGCAUCCGGUUUUGGAAUCGCCAGAAAACUCGGUCGAACAUUGUAUUAUCCUCUGGCUGAGGGCGCUGCCGAAAAUCUUCGAUGCUACUUGAGUCUCAUACAGGCUACUUUCCCUAGAACUGGAACUAUAUAUAGGAUUAUACCUAAACAUCUUGUCGAGCAGACGAGUGUCCCAUUUGCGGUGGACGAGAAUGGAAAGCGAACAUGCUGCCGUUACGACGACCCAUCAAGGUUUAUUGGGCACCCUGCCAAAUUUCUUCUUCUGGAGAUGAGCUUCGCACAAAAUUCAAAAUAUUUCGAAGAUUACCUCUUUGAGUUACGUUGGCUGUUCAAUUUCUCAUCUCAGAGCGAAAAUGAAGGCAACCUUCGUUUACGUCAGCUUAACAUUGAUAACUCGACCGAAUUUAUGUGUGUACAUAUUCGUAGAACAGAUUUUUUGAGUUAUGGUGUUGAAUCGAAUCUGAACAGCACAUUGACAGCGACGAAAAAUAUCGCUAUGAAAAAGGGUUUGUCGAACUUCCUUAUAUUUGGUGACGAUCAGGAAUUUAUGAGAUCUCUGGCAGCGAAACUUGUAGAUGACACUAUGUUCGGUCAUUCAAAGACUGUUCGCGCUUCUGCGUUCUCCGAAAUGACUGAUCUUUAUAUUUCGUACAGCGUUUGUAGCGCAUUUCUUAUGAGUGCGUCGUCAUCGACUUUUGGCUGGUGGCUUGCAUUUUUCUCACGAAAUCAGAAUUCAGUUUAUUAUUAUAAAGAUCGAAGACCAACGGAUGAUUACAAACUUCUGAAGGACGAGUUCGCUUUGAAAUCAUGGCAUCGAUACGACGGCUGA